GUCGCUCUCUGGCAUAACAUAUAAGCUCAAGCUCAAGCUCAACCCUAUGCAGACUCUUCCUUCAUCGAAAUUGUCUAGUGCUGCUCGACAUGAAAACCAUGGAGAUACUGUUGGUCUUCUUUGUGCUCGGCUGCCUCGCUUCGGAUCCCGUUUUGUCGAGCCCUCGACGCUACGAGGCAAUCUUCAAUUUCGGCGACUCUCUGAGUGACACCGGAAACUUCCUCCGUUCCGGGGCACUCGCAUUUCCGGUCAUCGGGAAGCUCCCUUACGGCCAGACUUUCUUCCGCCACGCGACCGGUCGAUGCUCGGACGGACGCCUCAUUGUCGAUUUCAUAGCGGAAGCAUUCGGAUUGCCUCAUCUCCCACCGUACCUGGAAGUAGCCAAAGGUCCACGUGUCCGUACCGGAGUGAACUUCGCAGUUGCUGGUGCCACAGCACUCGACGCCUCUUUCUUCUAUGCUCAGAAGGUCGGGCCAUUGUUGUGGACCAAUGACUCGUUGAGUGUUCAGCUUCGCUGGUUCCAGAAUUUGAAGUCCUCUAUCUGCACCACCAAAAAAGAUUGUGGGGAGUACUUCAAGAAGUCUCUGUUCCUGGUGGGGGAGAUAGGUGGGAAUGACUACAACUAUCCCUCCUUCGUCGGUGGAAGCAUUAAACAGCUCCGUGCUUUGGUGCCGCUAGUGGUUGGAGCAAUCGCUCGUGCUGUCAGUAUGUUGAUAGAAGAAGGGGCUGUGGAUCUGGUGGUGCCGGGAAACUUGCCGGUAGGUUGCUCCGCGGUGUAUCUAACUUUGUUUCGCAGCCCUAGCGGAUCGGCCUACGACUCGAGAACCGGGUGUCUUAGGGCUUAUAAUGCUUUCGCCAAGUAUCACAAUAACUACCUCAAGCAAGAAUUGCAAAAUUUGAGAGAACAGUACCCUCAUGCAAGAAUCAUGUACGCUGAUUAUUACGGUGCCGCCAAGCCUAUGUAUCACACUCCCAAACACUACGGCUUUUAUGGAGGGACACUGAGGGCUUGCUGCGGAGGAGGCGGUCCAUACAACUUCAAUAACUCAGCAAGGUGUGGCCACACCGGCUCGACGGCUUGCAGAUACCCGUCGGCUUCUGUCAAUUGGGAUGGGAUUCACUUGACCGAGUCUGCCUAUCAUCACAUAGCCAAAAAUUUGAUCUACGGCGGCUUCAUAUCUCCGCCACUCCUAUCUUAAUUUAAUUAUUACCCUUUUCUUACAAACGAGGAUGCUGAACUGAAUGUUCUGUUUUGUGGAGCCUUAUACUUUGCCUUUCCGUCUUGUCUUUUCAAGCCUUAGGGUUUGGAUUGAGGAUUGGAGUGCUGCAAUUUAGUAUGAUGGUAUAAUUGAAUCGUUUGUGAACCUACGGAAAUUAGAAAUUUAGUAGGGCGUCAUGACAUAUCUAAAUAAAGAUAAUGGGUUGGCGUAUUUUUC